CCUCGGGUCGGGGGGCCUCCGGGCUGCAGGCGGGCGGCCCUCAGCAGCUUCCUGCCCCGCCGCGGUGCCCGACAGAGCGGCUCGCCGUCAUCGCUGAUCAUGCGCUUCGCUCUCCGGCUGUCCGCGGCUCCGCAGCAGGAAGUCGUCCCUCUUGCUGCUCUCUUCUCCUCCUUCCUCUUGACAGCCACCCUCGCGGCGGUAGCACUUCCAUCUUUUUCUUAGCGCAUUAUUCUUCCUCUGUGAAGCCAGAGACCGGCCAGCGGCCACCUGCCUCUGACGCCGGUCGGGGAGCGCAGGUUCAUGGAGGCCCCGGCGCAGCAGAAGGAGCCGUCGCCGACGGACCCCAAGUCCCUGCCUCUGCCGACCCUGAGUCCGGCCGUGCCCACCUACGUGACUUUGGGCCUGACGGUGGUUUACACCGUGUUCUACUCCCUCCUCUUCAUCUUCGUCUACGCGCAGCUCUGGCUGGUCCUGCGCUACCGGCACAAGCGCUUCAGCUACCAGACGGCGUUCCUGUCGCUGUGCCUGCUGUGGUCGGCCCUGCGCGCCGUGCUCUUCUCCUUCUACUUCAAGAACUUCGUCACGGCCAACACCUUGGCCCCGUUCCCCUUCUGGCUGCUGUACUGCUUCCCCGUGUGCCUCCAGUUCUUCACGCUCAGCCUCAUGAACCUGUACCUGGCGCAGGUUGUUUUCAAAGCAAAGUCGAAAUAUGCACCCGAGCUUUUGAGAUACAGGCUGCCGCUGUACCUGCUCUUCCUCUUCAUUAGCCUGGUGUUCCUGGUGGUGAACCUGGUGUGUGCCCUGCUGGUGAGGAUGUCCUCUGCAGAAGCCCGCGCCAUCGUGCUGGUGAGGGUCGCCAUCAACGACACGCUCUUCGUCCUGUGUGCCGUCUCGCUCUCCUUGUGCCUUUACAAAGUGGCUAAGAUGUCACUGGCCAACAUCUACCUGGAAUCCAAGGGGACGUCCGUGUGCCAGGUGACGGCUGUAGGAGCCCUCGUCAUCCUCCUGUACUCCUCCAGGGCCUGCUACAAUCUGGUCGUCCUGGGACUCUCAAACAAGAGCAUCAACUCCUUUGACUACGACUGGUACAACGUUUCCGACCAGGCGGAUUUGCGGUCGACUCUGGGCGACGCCGGCUACGUCGUGUUUGGGGUGGUGUUGUUCGUGUGGGAGCUGCUCCCGACCUCGCUCAUGGUUUUCUUCUUCAGAGUUCGGCAGCCAGACCUCGACAGGAGUGGCACUGGGCUCGCUGGUCACGGCUUUUCCUCCAGGGGCUAUUUCUUCGACAACCCACGGCGAUACGACAGCGACGACGACCUGGCGUGGAGCGUCAUGCCUCAGAACAUCCAAGCAAGUCUGGCCGCCGACAGUCCCGAGUGGGGGAGCGAGAGCAGCAGCAGCAGCAUCGGCGUCUACAUCGGAGGCGUUGACAGCUUCCCGGUCCCGUCUUCUCCUCCUCCUCCGGAGGAGGAGCGCAGCCAUUACUGAGCGGAGUCCACAGCCCGGCUCGUUCUCUCAUUUUUAUAUUUUGAACAGUCUCUCUUGGUGACGGAGGCGUGUACAUUCAGUCUACUGUUUUAAAUAGAGAAGAAAAACUAACUUUCCUGCCAGCACGUAAAGGUCCACUAAUGAGAUAUUCAUCCUGCACACUCCUUGUACAAAGUGAUUUUUAACUGCUUUUAAAACUGUUUAGUGUAGAGUUUGUAUUGAAUAUGGCUUAAUAUAUUUCCUGACUUUUGUAAUAGGAACAGUUACUAUUUUAUGUACUUUUGUACUUUUCAUACACGUGUGUUUAUAUAGAGGAGAUAUUCAUUUAAUUCAUAUUAAAACAGUCCAGAUGCUGUGAAGGUAGUCGUUUCUUGUAAUAUACAAAUGCUCCAUUGAUUGACAGUAGUUGCUCUUCCAUCCUUUCCUUAAAAAUACAUUAUAUAUAUAUAUAUGUGUUUAUUUUUUCAUCCUUGUUUUCCCCACUAGUGUUUUGCACAACUUUGGGAGCACUGUACAAUGCAUUAGACUACAUAGAUCCAUUCUAGAUCUAACAUAUUAAUCACUAUUUCACAUUACAUAGUUACAAUACAGUGCUUCCUGGAUAGUAAUAACAAAAAAAAAUGAACACAAGUUCGAUCUUUCACUGGCUGACAACAGUAGUAAUUGACGAUGGAUUAAACUGUGGCUCAGAGUUUAAUCGUAUAUAAUUUUUAGGAUUAGUAACAAAAAAAAAAAACUCUCAACAUUAUUUCACUACUGGUUUUCCAAAGAUAAAACCCAGGAACUUACCCUGACAUUUAAUAUUUGUGUUGUCCAUUUACUUUUCACUGUGUAACGGUAUAUUUAGAUAUUGUAUUGGAAAAGAUCUGUCGGUUUUAAAAUGUGCAGAUCAUGUUUUCUGAGAGCUGUUUUUUUAGGGUCACUAAGUGUGAAUAAAGAUAACCAUAGAAAAUCCAUUUAUAAAAUAAUUUACUGGUUGAUGUUAUAAUUACAUGAACUAUACAUAAAUAUUAUAGUGUUGAUUUGAAUAUUUGAAUCCUAUUUUGAGCAAUAAAGACAACGCUACAGAGAA